CUGCGCAUUCAGUGAAAGAAAUGUUUACUAUGGCAGGUGGAACAUUUGGGCUGAAUGAAUCUCCAUCUGUUGAGGGCCAGGAGAGAGAGAGAGAGAGAGAGAAACGUGGUGAGAGGUUCCUUGGCUGGGACAAGAAAGGCCUGAAAGAAGAAGAAGGAGGAGGAGGAGAAGGAGAAAGCAGCACCAACCAAUUGCUUGCUGUGAUUAACCGGGCUGUGGAAUGUCAGAAUUGCUCUGAUUAAAAGAUUUGCCUUCUUGCUGGCCAAGGACUGUUCCGUAGAGACUGGUUCUCUUUUCUUUGUUUUGUUUUUCUUUCCUGUUGGUUUUCCUUUUUUUUUUUUUUUUAAGUUUCGCUUUUUAAACAGCAGACGGAGAACUUGCCCCCAUUGGCUCGGCUGCGUGUGUCUCUGUGUGUGGUAAAGAGGAUGGGGUUUCUCUAACCCGCCGGGCACAAUUGACCAUGAGGACUCUUCGCAGGUUGAAGUUCAUGAGUUCGCCCAGCCUCAGCGAUCUGGGCAAGAGAGACACAGCUGCCUUGGACGAGCGGGGGACUCAGCAGCAGCGGGCCUGCUCCAAUGCCACCUGGAACAGUAUCCAGAAUGGAGUCAUAGCUGUGUUUCAGAAAAAGGGCCUCGGGGACCAUGAUCUUUAUAAUCUCAAUGAAGGAGUCAGGCAGCUUCUGAAAACUGAGUUGGGAUCUUUUUUUACUGAAUAUUUACAGAACCAGCUGCUUACAAAAGGCAUGGUGAUCCUGAGGGAUAAGAUCCGAUUUUAUGAAGGACAGAAGCUUUUGGAUACGUUGGCUGAAACCUGGGAUUUCUUUUUCAGCGAUGUCCUGCCCAUGCUCCAGGCCAUAUUCUAUCCUGUGCAGGGGAAGGAGCCCCCUGUCCGUCAACUGGCCCUGUUGCACUUCAGAAAUAUAAUCACUCUCAAUAUAAAACUGGAAGACUCCUUGUCCCGUUCCCGCGCGAGGAUUCCGCCUUCAAUUGUCCAAAUGUUACUCAUCCUACAGGGUGUUCAUGAAUCAAAAGGAGUUACUGAAGAUUACUUGAAGUUGGAAACUCUCUUACAGAAGGUUGUUUCCCCUUACUUGGGGACAUACGGUUUGUACUCCAGUGAUGGCGCUCUCACUCACUCUUCCUGCAUUUUAGAAAAACGCUUCUUCCGGCGCUCUAAAUCGGGGGAUAUUCUUGCUAAGAAUCCGGUGGUGAGAUCCAGAAGUUACAACAAUCCUUUGUUGACUCCCGUAGCCGAGUAUGAGACCGAAGGCGCCACUGCCAACAGCUCGAGCAUCCGACGACACUCGGUAUCAGAAAUGACCUGCGGCGAGAUGCCGGGCUACUCCAAUCUCACGACCAUCACAGACAAUGGAUCCAAGAGCUCCAUGCUCACCAUGAAGAUCCCGCCGGCAGGAGAACAGGAGAGGAUUUCGGCCGGUUCGAUGCAAUGCAUGUCUGAUCAAUCCAAAGGACUCUUCUAUCCCACAGAGGACCAGACCAGGGCAUUUGACUUAGGUCGGGAUUCGGACUUGCUCGCCAUUGCUCCCACAGCCAGCCCUGAGAACAUAGUGGACCAGAUUUUAGAAUCGAUCGAUUCCGAUUCCGAUGGAAUCUUCAUUGAUUUUGGCCAAAACUGCUCUGGCUCCCCGGGAUACAAUAUGGAUGUGAGCAGGCAAAGCGUGGUCUGAAGGAGUUGUGCUUUGCAAGUCCACCAGCUUUGUGUGGGUUGGAGUUAAGAGCUCUGCCUACUCUUCCAAGUCAGAUUAAAGAGGAUGACCUCACCUCAGAGAAAUGUGGAUAAUCCUGGCUUGGGAAAAUGGUGGUUGGCCACUGAAUCCUUGUGGUCAGAUUGCAUCUGUUUAGGCUAGGUUCAUAAAGUCACACCGAGGUCCAGCCAUGACCAGGCUGAGGUAGGGGUAGCGAUGGAGCUUAGGUUAGGCAUCCAUGUUGAACUGAACCACAAAGGAUAACAAGCCUGAGAUACUGUCUGACAUUCAGCCUCCCUUAAUGUCCUUCAUAGGUGCCACCACCUCCUCCUUCUAGGGAUGUGAUUUGCCUCCCAUCGUUGUCUUUUUUCCCCAGUGUUUUUCCAGUUUGUUACGUUCAGCUCACUGCCUGGUAUCUCCUUCCUCAGAUUUCUCCUUUCCUGCAGGAGUCAGCCAACCAGAGCUAAGUAGAAGAAGCAGGAGAUCGGUUGCCAGUUACGCUCUCUUGGUGUAGAGUAGAACGUGGACAACUUCCCCAAAAUCCCAGUGGAUUUUAGGGGGACAGAAAUAGGCAGCUUUUGGCACUCAAGUGAGGCACAGGUGUUGGUGAGUGAAGAAUUUGGAUUAGGUGAGGUGUGUACAGACUUAUAUGUACGCACAUGCAUGUUUUUAGUCACUCACGUGCAAGUAAUCAACUUCGCUGGAGAAGGAAGUUGAAGUCCUCUCGUUUGCCUGUGUUGUCCCAGCCAUGGCCGGUUUUCAGAAGGGCCCUCUUGCCCCUUGCCAUGUUACGCUUCUCUCAAAGGAGAAGGCAAAUUGUGUUCCUGGGACAUGUAGAAGAGUCACAGUAAUCAUGGAGUCCCCACUGUCAGGUCUCGGUGGGUGGAAGAUUCUAGUUUACCCUUAUCGAAAUGGUUGAGUAGGAAUGCAAAGAAUGUCAAACAUCUUUGAGGACCAGGUGGACUAGAAAUAAGUGGAAACCCAAUUCUCCUCUUGAUUGGAUGGUAUUGGAAGAGAGCAUGAGGGGUUUCACAGCUUCUUGGGUUAACUUCCGAACUUCUCCUUUCAUUUACUCAAGAACUGAGAGUUGUCUUAUAUGGUUCCCCUUUCCAGGAAUUAAGUAAGGACAGGGUUUUGGGGUGUUUUUACUCUUACCUCAUGGUGUCCUAGCCAGAGAUUGAAUGUACAAGAAGAUCUGAACCUUGGCAAGUUGGAUCUAACCUAUUUCAGAAAGAGCAGGAUUUGGGAGCACAGGAUACCGCCACUAAUAAGGUAGUUAAUUUAUUUUGGGCUCCAACCACUACAAAGGAGGAGGGAAUCUCAGCUUGGACACUUGGAAAAGCAAGUUCUGGGAUAUUGCUAGACCUCAAACAGUUAACCAUAUGAACUGACUUCACGGCAAGCUACCAUGAUGGAUUACAGAUAAAAUGAGUUACCUCAUGACACAAUGAAAGCAAUGAGAUAAAUUAAGCACGAUGAACUUGAGUCUUGCUUAUUUACAGAACUCCAUUGUACUUAAAGUGUACAACUUUAAGCUUAAAAGUGAGUAUUUGGGGGCUUGAAAAUAGUUUUAUGUGGUGCUUAAUCAGCGAUCAUUGAUAUUUGAAAAAUCGGUGUUUCAGCCAGCAUACAUGCAUGUGUGAAAAGGUCCCUAGCGUUCACGUUGAGGGGAAAGUGUCAUUUAAACACAUUCUUUCUGCCUUGUUACUGCCUUGAUAAAUUUCUGAAUUAGGAAACUGUCUUAAUGGCAAUCAAUAUUAGAAAAUCCACCUUUCUCAUCAAGCUAAAAACCAUUUUCACGGCUUCCAAACAAUUCCUUAAAACGAAACCCUGCUCUUCAAAAGUUAAAAUGUGUCUAUAGGCUAAAAAAGAAAAAAAGACAGAGGAAAGAAAAAGAAAGAAAGAAAGAAAGAAAGAAAGAAAGAAAGAAAGAAAGAAAGAAAGAAAGAGAAAGAUAGGUUUUAAUUUUUAAAAAGUUGUUCCAAAUGUAAUAGAAUUUGAUUGAUUUAUAGCAGCUACUAUUUUUAAAUGAUUCUCAGUACAUCCACACGUCUUUCACCAAUCAAGUGAAAUUUGUAAAACUAAUUUAAAUAAAUAAUGUGCUUGCUACUGAUUGGUUGAGA